UUUUCUCUUCUCAUUCUUCAGCUUCCAACGAAAAAUGUUAACUUUUCUUCUCUGAUCAUCAUUUUCUUUCUCAAUUUUGUAGAAUAAAGAUUUUGGGUUUCUUUGUUUUUUCUUCAAUUGUUGUUUUUUGUUGUUGAUUGUUGAUGAUCAUGAUGGAGAAUUGUUCAAGAAAUGGGUUUCAUGAUUUCAAAAUGUCUUCAAGAAAAGCUGAAGAAGCAGCUUUGAGACGUUAUGAAGCAACCCAAUGGCUUGAAAACCAAGUGGGUCCUCUUGGAAUAUCAAAUCAACCUACAGAGAGAGAACUUGUUUCUUGCUUGAGAAAUGGUCUCAUUCUUUGUAAAGCCAUUAACAAGAUUCAUCCUGGAGCAGUACCUAAGGUUGUUGAUACUCAAGUGCCAUUACAACAAUCACUUGCUUGGGAUUCUCAGCCUUUACCUGCCUAUCAGUAUUUUGAAAAUGUGCGCAAUUUUCUCAACGCGGCUGAUGAAUUAAAGCUUACGGCUUUUGAAGCUUCUGAUCUUGAGAGGGAAAGUGUAGAGAAUGGUUCUGCAGGAAAAAUUGUUGAUUGUAUUCUAUCACUUAAAUGGUUUCAUGAGUCGAAGCAGAUGAGCAAUCAAAGUGGAUCCAGCAAACGCUCAAAAUCUCCUUUAGUUUUGCAAUCAAUCAAUAGAUUGCAACAAAAAGCCACUACUGCAUUACCCUCUGAUGCAUGUAGGCGUUUGGAUUUGUCUGCAACAUCGGAAAUAAAGCCUCCUGCUGAGAGUAAUGUUCAAAAACAAGAAGCAGAAACUGUGGAGUCACUUGCCAAGAUACUCGUUGACCGCAUGCUUGACGCCAAAGAAAAUAUUGAUGGAAAGCUUUUUCCUUCUCUUCACAAUGGAGACCUGUCUUUACUGCAGGACCGAAUAGGCCUAUUUAAUCAGAUUUUGACUGGCUGUUGUGGGGAACAGCCAUCUAUGAAGUUCCCUGAGUUGCUCCGAAAGAAUUUUAAAAAAGAAGGGAGUAGCUUACCACCUCAUUUCACUUCCAAACCUACGGAAUCAGACACUUCCUCUGCACGUCAAAAUCCCAAGUGUUACAGAGCUUGCUCUGGAAAGUGCACUUGCAACCACAAGCAUCUCAUAGAUAUACAGAAAAAAGAACUUCGGGAUCUCAAAGCAUUGAAGUUGAAAAUUAAGAAUGAGGUUGAAGAGAUGCAAUCACAGUUUCAGAGAUUUUUCAAUGAUAUAGGUUGUCAAGUUAAUGAGAUGUCAACCAAAGCUCUUGGCUAUCAAAAAGUAGUUGAAGAGAACAGAAAACUAUACAACAUGGUCCAAGAUUUGAAAGGCAACAUUCGAGUAUACUGCAGAAUCAGACCUACAUUUAGGGCUGAAUCCAAGACUGUAACUGAUUUCAUUGGGGAAGACGGUUCUCUGUGCAUUUUAGAUCCAUCAAAAACACUAAAAGAUGGAAGAAAACUGUUUCAGUUUAAUCGGAUUUUUGGUCCUACAGCUGGCCAAGAUGAGGUUUAUAGGGACACUCAACCAUUAAUUAGAUCAGUGAUGGAUGGAUACAACGUUUGUAUUUUUGCUUAUGGUCAAACUGGAUCUGGGAAGACUCACACAAUGAGUGGUCCUUCAGGUGGAACAUCCAAGGAUAUGGGGAUCAAUUAUCUGGCUCUUAAUGAUUUGUUUCAAAUGUCUAGUGAAAGGAAGGACAACAUAAAGUAUGAAAUUUAUGUCCAAAUGGUCGAGAUUUACAAUGAACAAGUAAGAGAUCUACUUGCAGAGGACAAAACAGAAAACAAAUUAGAGAUCCGGAGCUGCAACGAUGAUGGUUUGAGCCUUCCUGAUGCUAGAUUGCGGUCAGUGAACUCUACAACGGAUGUUAUGACCCUCAUGAAACUUGGAGAGGUUAACCGUGCUGUCAGUUCUACUGCAAUCAACAAUAGGAGUAGUCGUUCACACAGUGUACUUACUGUGCAUGUUAGUGGCAAAGAUACAUCUGGGAACUGCAUUCGCAGUUGCCUUCAUUUAGUAGACCUUGCCGGAAGUGAAAGAGUAGACAAGUCUGAAGUCACAGGAGAUAGACUAAAGGAAGCGCUAUACAUUAACAAGUCUCUUUCCUGUUUGGGAGAUGUGAUCACAGCACUGGCUCAGAAGAAUUCUCACAUUCCUUACAGGAACAGCAAACUCACACUUCUUUUGCAGGACUCCUUAGGUGGACAUGCUAAAACAUUGAUGUUUGCGCAUGUGAGUCCCGAAUCAGAUUCCUUUGGUGAAACAGUGAGUACUCUGAAGUUUGCUCAGAGGGUUUCCACUGUGGAACUUGGGGCAGCCCGGAUGAACAAAGAAACCAGUGAGGUUAUGCAACUUAAAGCACAGGUUGAGAACCUUAAGAUUGCAUUGGCAAACAAGGAAAACUCAAAACCGUUCAGUAGAACUAAAGAAUUCGACACUCCGCUAGAAAAAACUCCGCUGCGCCCACGGAGACUUAGUAUUGAGAAUUACAGCGUAAUAAAGACCAACAAACCUGUGAAAGCUGAUGAUAAAAGUGGAGCCAAAUCACCUUCGUACAUAGCCCGUUCAAGAAGACUAAGCUUGGAAGGUCCAAGAACUGUCAAAAAAGCACCAGCAUGUGUAAACAAAACUUUACAGUUUGAGCCAAUCUUUCAACAGAAAGAUUGUCCACUGCAAGAUCCAGAAGCUGUGUCGAAGCUAAAUGGCCAAUUAAGCAAUGGCAAUUCCAGGUCAGAGUUGCAUGUCAAAGCUCCUCCAAGUCCUACGAACAUGUAUCAGAAGAGGUGUAUUAAAGUUGAUACUGAAAUCCAAAUUCACCCUCUUGAUCUACCUCAAACAUCUGAAGAGCUAGAUAAAAAUGAUUCAAACAGAAUUGUGCCAAGUGACAUUGCUGAUUCCAUAACAGCUAAGGGGAUAGGUAGUACAAAUGGAAAAGGGUCCCAGUUUAGAAGAUCCCUGAGAACAAUUGGGAAACUGAUUAAUGGACCUGAUAAGAAAAACCAACAAAUUAUGGUUGAAGUGAAGUCACCUGUAAAGGGAAGCAGCGCUCAUGGAAGUCAGAUAAAGUCGCCAAUAGCAGCCAGUGAGAGGCCAAAAAGGAGACAAUCUUUAACAGGAAUACCAUCCGGGCCUAACAAUUCGCGGAGGUCUUCUCUUGGAGGGAAGCCUGUCCCAGCAGCCUAUGAGCCAGAGAGAAAUGCUAGAACGCCUCCUCCCGUUCGUUCAGAAAGCAAGACUUCAAAAAGGUGGCUAUAGACAACAGGUGCUUUUACUUGAAGCACACCAACAAGGCUAGAACUGACUCUAGUUUAGGACAGGCUCCAAUUUUGUUGGAGUUUUUGUUUUCACAUUAACAAAGAUGCGCCUUUGUUUUUUUUAUAGAAAUAGGGGGAGGGAGAUUUGAAGUGAAAAAUUGCAAGGGAGUCGGUGUAGAUACUAAAUAUAAAAUUUCAAGGAGGCUCUCUACCUUAUUUUUCUAAAGGGGGGUUCUUGUAAUAAUUGUGACAAAUAAACACAAAUUGAAAUUUUAAAUUUGUCAUUUUAACAUGAUGCAGGGUUAAUGAGCAAUAAUUCUCAAUGCAAAUGUUACAAAUUA